AUGGUGAGGCUUCUGGGACUUAGUCUCGGAGAAUCGGCUGAACCGCCAAGGGAGAUCACGUCAUCGCGGAGCAACUUGACGAGCGAGUCCAGUGAGAACGGGUGGCUGAUCAGGUUCUUUGACUCCGCGUUUUUCUGCGAGUGGAUUGCUGUGAGCUACCUGUACAAACAUGAGCACUCAGGGGUUCGUGAUUACUUGUGUAACCGAAUGUACACUCUGCCAUUGUCUGGUAUAGAGAGCUACCUUUUCCAGAUUUGUUACAUGUUGAUACACAAGCCAAGCCCAUCGCUGGAUAAGUUUGUUAUUGAUAUAUGCUCCAAGUCACUGAUGAUUGCCCUUAAGGUGCACUGGUUCUUACUGGCUGAGCUCGAGGAUUCAGAUGACAAUGAUGGGAUUAGUCGGAUUCAAGAAAAGUGUCAGAUCGCUGCGACUUUGAUGGGGGAAUGGCCUCCCUUGCUGAAGCAGCGUAAUGAGAAUUCAACCCCUGGCAGUAAAAACCAGGUGCUAAACAAGCUGUUAUCAUCGAAGCAGAAGUUCUUAUCUUUGACCUCCUCACCACCUGCACAAAGAUCUGUAUCAUUUUCACAUUCAUCAGGUAAUCAUUUGCCAGAUGAUGGUGGGCAAGGCUCACCUGAGAAUAAACUUUUCAAGAAAUUCAUCCCUGGUCCAAAGGUCAGGGAUGCUCUACUUUUUAGAAAAUCUAUGGAUAAAGAUGAUGAGGAUAGUGAGAAGGAUGGAUUUCUUAAGAGGCUUUUGAGGGACAGCAGUAAACGAGAUGAGGAGGAGUUGACGUCAAGCUCUGAUGGUUUUUUCAAGAGGCUCUUGAAAGAUUCAAAUCGAACUGAAGAUGAUGAGGUAAUGUCUAGCUCAGAUGGUUUUUUCAAAAGGCUUUUGAGGGAUUCAGGGAAAGUUGAAGAGGAGGAGUUGACUUCACCAUCAGAUGGGUUCUUCAAGAGGCUUUUGAAGGAUCAUAACAGAGGUGAAGAGGAUGAGCUGACAGUAAGUUCGGAGGGUUUUUUUAAGAAAUUGUUUCGUGAUAGCAAGGGUGAAGUUGACGACCGGUUACUCUCUAAAUCAAUGGAAGAUGAUGAAAGAGAUGGGUUUUUUAGGAAGUUUUUUAAGGAGAAAUUCGAUGACAAGAAAGACGGGAAUGAAAAAAAUGAGGAUGAGAGGAUGAAUGCCAUGGAGAAAUUCGGAAAAUCGACGGAGGAUGAUGAAAAAGAUGGAUUCUUCCGUAAAUUGUUCAAGGACAAGUCCGAUGACAAGAAACAUGGUCCUGAUAAGGGCAGUGAAGGGAAUAAUCUCAACGGAGAGGAAGAAGAAUCUUCAGAUAAUUCUUUGUUCCGGAAGUUAUUUCGUGUGCACCCUGAAGAUUCAAAAAGUGCAUCGGUCAAUGAAAAUAGUAGCAAUGGACAUGUGAGCUUAUCUGAAAGCAGCCCAGGGACUGAGAAAUUCUUCCGCAAACUGUUCCGAGACCGUGAUCGUUCAGUCGAAGAUUCUGAAUUGUUGAGUGGAAAGAAAAACAAAGAGAAGUUUCCUGGUUCACCUAAGCAACAAAAUGAUAAGUCAAAUGCAAAACCCCCAUUACCAAAUCACUCGUCAUCACAAUUGCGGAAAGGAGCAUAUCAUGAAUCCCUGGACUUUGUACUGUCUUUGUGCGACACUUCCUAUGGCCUAGUGGAUGUAUUCCCGGUUGAAGAUCGAAAAAGUGCCCUUCGAGAGUCACUUGUGGAGAUCAAUUUGCAUUUAGUUGAGGCUCAACUAGCUGGAGGUGUUUGCUUUCCUCUGGGAAAGGGCAUGUACCGUGUGGUUCAUAUACCUGAAGAUGAGGCUAUUCUACUGAACUCCAGAGAAAAGGCACCUUACAUGAUCUGCGUGGAAGUUUUGAAAAGUGAAAUACCAAGCAAUUCUAAGGAUGCCUCUGGUGCUCAAAAGCUUUCUAGAGGAGGAAUUCCUCUAGCUAAUGGGGAUGCAUUGUUGCCAAAGCCACCACCAUGGGCAUAUCCGUUGUGGACUACUCAGGAAGCAUACCGUAAUAGUAGUGAUAGAAUGUCAAGAUCAACGGCUGAAGCCAUUGAUCAGGCAAUGUCCCAUUCUUCAGAGGCAAAGUUGAAGGUUGUCACUUUGAGUCUUUCUGUGGAGAGGCGGACGGUUGAUUCAAGAUUGAAAACUGAAGUGCCUGAUUCGCACUCUGGCAUCCGCCGCAGUAGUUCACGCAGAAAGGCUGCAGAUGGCUGUGAUUUUGACUGGAUAAAGGUAGUUUUGACAGCAGAUUCUAGAGCCAGAAUGGAUGAUAUUGGAGAUGAAGGGCCACGUAGAAGGGAGCAUCGUCGUGUUCCAAGUACUAUUGCGAUAGAAGAAGUGAAGGCUGCAGCAGCCAAAGGUGAAGCACCUCUUGGACUUCCUCUUAAAGGAGCUGGGCAAGAUUCAUCAGAUUCACAACCUAGGGCAAAUGGUGGCACUCCUAGAGCCACUGAUCCCUUAUCUGGUGAACUUUGGGAUUUAAAAAAAGAGAGAAUACGCAAAGCUUCAGUACAUGGGAAGUUACCCGGUUGGGACUUGCGCUCUAUGAUUGUGAAGAGUGGGGAUGACUGCAGGCAGGAGCAUCUUGCUGUGCAACUUAUUUCUCAUUUCUACGAUAUAUUCCAAGAAGCUGGGCUUCCUCUUUGGCUGCGUCCUUAUGAAGUAUUGGUGACAUCUUCUUACACAGCUCUUAUUGAAACAGUUCCAGAUACGGCUUCAAUUCAUUCCAUCAAGAGUAGAUAUCCUAAUGUAAAUAGUUUGCGUGACUUCUUUGUUGCCAAAUAUACAGAAAAAUCCUCAAGUUUCAAGCUGGCGCAGAGGAACUUCGUUGAGAGUAUGGCUGGUUAUUCGCUGGUGUGCUACCUUCUCCAGGUGAAAGAUAGACACAAUGGAAACCUUUUAUUGGAUGAAGAAGGUCAUAUUAUUCAUAUAGACUUUGGGUUUAUGCUCUCCAAUUCGCCUGGUGGAGUGAACUUUGAGAGUGCGCCCUUCAAGCUAACCCGGGAACUUCUUGAGGUCAUGGACUCUGAUGCAGAGGGAGGUCCAAGCGAAUUCUUUGACUAUUUCAAGGUUUUAUGCAUUCAAGGAUUCUUAACUUGUCGUAAGCAUGCAGAGCGGAUAAUUCUUCUUGUUGAGAUGUUGCAGGAUUCUGGAUUUCCUUGCUUCAAGGGGGGUCCAAGGACUAUUCAAAACUUAAGGAAACGGUUUCAUCUAAGUUUGACUGAAGAGCAAUGCGUCUCCUUGGUACUCUCUCUUAUCAGCAGUAGUUUAGAUGCGUGGCGGACAAGGCAGUAUGAUUAUUAUCAGAAGGUAUUGAAUGGUAUAUUGUGA